UCUCUGGCUACAGUCUGCCAGGGUUGGAGAGAAGCCUGUGCCUGCAGCUGACUCGCUCCAGGAACGAUGAGAAUCCCGUCAUUCCUACCUUUCCUCCCGGAGAGCAACUGGCCUGCCUGUAUGCUCUCCCAGACUUUGUGCCAAGUGCUACUGUGGGCAGCUGUUCUAAAUCUUGUUGCUGGGACACAUGCGGAUCUCCCGAAGGCCGUGGUGAAACUUGAGCCCCCAUGGAUCCAGGUGCUCAAGGAAGACAGUGUGACAUUGAAGUGCGAAGGGACCCACAACCCCGGGAACUAUUCGACCCAGUGGCUCCACAAUGGGAGCUCUCUCUGGAGCCAGGUCCGGCCCAACUACACGUUUAAAGCCACAGUCAAUGACAGUGGAGAAUAUCAGUGCAGACUGGAGCAGAACAUCCUCAGUGACCCUGUACAACUGGAAGUGAUUGCCGACUGGCUGCUGCUCCAGACCCCUCAAUUGGUGUUUGAGGAAGGGGAAACCAUCAUCUUGAGGUGCCAUAGCUGGAAGAGCAAACCCCUGAACAAGAUCACAUUAUACCAGAAUGGAAAAUCUAUAAAAUAUCGUCAGUCCAACGGCAACUUCUCCAUCUCCAAAGCAAAUCACAGCCACAGCGGUGAUUACCACUGCACAGGAUACCUAGGAAAGGGAAAACACAAGUCGAGGUCUGUGACCAUCACUGUCCAAGCACCCAGAUCCAGCAGCAGCAGCUCUGUACCGGUCUUGACAAUUGUAGCUGCUGUCACUGGAAUUGCUGUAGCAACCCUUGUUAUUAUCCUGGUAUCCUUGAUCUACGUCAAGCAAAAAAAGGCUCCAGCUCUCCCAGGAAACCCUGAUCACAGGGAAAUGGGAGAUACCCUUCCCAAGGAACUAGGUGAGUACAGCGUGCCUUCUGAGGGUUCAGUGCCGGGCAGCCCAGGGCCUCCAUGUGGACUGGAGUCAGCAAGCAACAGCUAUUACAAUACUCCUGAUAUCGGAGAAGUCGCCAAAACUGAGGUUGAGAAUACAAUCACCUAUUCACUUCUCAAGCAUCCUGAAGUUCCGGAUGAAGACGCAGAACCUGAUUACCAGAAACACAUUUAAUCUCCCUUGUCUUGACUUGGGAUUGGAAAAAGCAAACCUUCCGGAAAGGCCAGGAUCUAGUAUCUCCUGGUCAAGAGGACACUGGAGAUAUUAAGGAGGCUAUGCACAGUCACCUGUGUGAGUUCUGAAACCAACAGACACUAUGGUACUGGUCCCCAGUGGCUGAUUGUACUAAUAACUUCUAUGACUUACCGCUUCCCAACUCAAGACUCUUCUGCCAUAGAUUCACACGGUCAAUAAAAUUAGUCAAAUUACUGUCAUUAACAGAUUACUGCACCAUGGCAACUGCUUAUACUACAGGCUACAUGAGAACUCUUACAUUAGGAUACAUGAUCUCAGCAAUGAUAUAAUUGGGUUGUACCAACAUAUCAAAAGUCAUGCUUCAGGAUGAUGGAAUUAUAAGGGAUUUUAAUCUUCUUUCUUAUUUUUCUAUAAAGAUCACAUGCACUUUUAUUCUAAAAUACUGUAAAAAUAACAUCCUAUUUACUUUUUCAAGGUUGAGGUGAUUGGAGUGUAGACUGAGAUCUCUGGGAUUUGUUGGUCUUCUGUGAGAAUAAUCAUGGGGAGAGGGGUUAGUUUCUCCUGGAGAUCUGUAAGCAUCUCAGCAUAAAGGCGCUCAUGACAAGCCAAAGUAAUGAUUAUACCCAAGUCUAGUUUGGUGUGCCAAUGAGUUUAUUUGGCUUACUUAUGGGAACAUUGAUGAGGGGUUCCUUCGAGGGGUGUCGGUGGUUCCUUGCAGGUGUGUGGGUGACCUUUAAACAGCGGUCUUAGCACAGAUGACAGCUUUUUCACAGUUGCAUAGAUGGUGCCCUGCCCCCUUCAGUUAGUUGAUCUUCCUCAAACUGUCAUCCUCCUGCUGCCUUCAGAGCUCCACAAUGACAAACAGGCGUUCACCACCCACCAUGCCUGGCCUGGUAGCAAUGGAUGGGAGGGAGCCGGAGCAGAGGCUGAGUGUUUCUUCCGGUGACUGUGACGAGAGAGUAAUCACUCUGUUUUGUUAACACAAGUCCUCCGGAAGUUAAACUUCAAAUCAAUGACCUUGAACUCCUGAUCCUCCUGCUUCUACCUCCUAACUGCUGGAAGGCAUAUGCCACCACCCAGAGCUGGUAUAUGUAUUUUAAAAAUUGGAUCACAUUGUAUGUUUUUGUAUGUUCACAAGAUCACUUAGGUAGAAAUUUAAGCAUGCUGUAACCACAUAAGUUCAGAGCACAGAGGUAUAAAAGAAAAAAGCAGAAGUUCUCUGUUGUCCUCAUUCCCCUUAAAUUUGUUCUUGUUCUAUCUCUCUUCAAUCAUGAGUAACCACUGUUGCAGGUUUUAUGCACAUUUGGAUUUUUUUGUAUGUAUAUUAACAUAUUAGAGUUUUAGAAAGCCUAUGUAUGGGACCGCACUUUACACAUGAUUAUGUUGUUGACUUAUUUUGUUCAACAAGAAAAAUGGCUGGGGCUUGCUUGGAUGUCAGGCUGGCUCCAGGCUCACUAAAAGACCCUGUCUCAAAGGACUAAGAAGAGAGAGAAAGAGAGAAAGCAGAAUGUCCAAUGGUUUCCUUGAACCUCUGCCCACCGCACAUAAUCACACUCCCAUGUGUGUGCAUCCAACAGACACACAUAAUAAUAAUAACAACCCUCUCUUGGACAGUGGUGGACAUCUUUAAUCCCAGCACUCUGGAGGCAGAGACAGGUGGAUCUCUGUGAGUUUGACGCCAGCCUGGUUCAUAAAGAGACUUCCAGGACAGCCAGGGCUACACAGAGAAACCGAAACUCUCUCCAUAAUUUCUGCUUUGAAAUCCCUGAUAACGAAGACACCUUACAUGGAUCUUAGUGGUUCAGUCCAAACACAUGAAACAAAUAAGGUCAUUUGACACCAGGGAGAAUGCGUCGAGAAGCUCUUGUAUGCCUAAUUUGUACCUUUAAGUAAAGCCUUGCAUGCCCCAUGAAUCUAGUGAGUUCUUUUUCACAUCCUCUUUAGCAAGGCCUCUCCUAACCACUGCUAUUACUUUGUUUUUACUUUCUCCGUGGUACAGUGUGGGUAACUAUGUAUCUUCUUGUUUAUAUAUUCUCAUGUACACUAAAAUGUAAGCAUAAUACGGUCCUGUUUUUGUUAUUCACUAAUGCACUCCAGAGACUAAGACAAUGAAACAGAUGGUUGAAUCAAUUCAUAAAUAAAUUUUUCCUCUCAUGA